AUGGAAAGACCAAUCGAAUGGUUUCGCGACCAAGUCAUUUUCCUGACUGGAGGUACAGGAAAUCUAGGCGUAUGUCUUCUCCACAAACUCGCUCUGCAGUUACCCACCAAAAAGAUCUUCGUGCUUUGUCGUGGCUCCGUGCAACGUGCACUCGACAAGCUGGAGGCAGCAUUGGCAGAGCAAUUGGACGAUGUUCUAGAUACUCAUCGUGUCCAAUUUAUGGUGGGAGACACCUCCAAACCUAGCCUUGGUUUAAGGCCUUCCGACCUACGAGAACUACAAGAGGAGGUGACCGUGGUAAUCAAUGCAGCGGCAGACAUUUCGCUACAACAGCCGCUCCAUCUCAGUAUCCAUCCAAACUGCAUAGCUCAUCUGCAGUUACUCAGCUUACUUCGAGAAUUCAGUCAUCUCAAGACGUUCCUCCACGUAUCAACCACAUCAGUAAACAGCUUUCUCCCUGAUGGCAUCAUUGAGGAACGGUUAUAUCCACUUUCUGACGAGGAUCCAGACCCAGAGAAAGUUUUGUCACAGAUUCUCAGUACAGGACAAUCAGCCUACACGGAUAAUUUUAUCGCGCCUUAUGCAUUUUGCAAGCACCUGGCGGAGCGGCUGAUUCUGAAGCAAGCCGAUCUGCCUUUUAACAGACUCAUUGUGCGACCGUCCCUUAUCGGGCCCGCUAUUCGCGACCCGUAUCCAUUUUAUGGGAAUGAUGAAGGCAUGCCCUUACAAUCUGCAAUCUACAACCUGGCAACGGACCCAGACUAUGGGUUAGAUGAGCUUGGAAAGGGAAUCAACCUGGACGCCAUCUUCGACGAGAUUCCUGUCGAUCUGGUUGCAAAUACUUGUCUUGCUCAUCUGGCUGCUGGUUCGGUAGGAAUUGUUCAAGCUGCGGGUAGUCUCUAUGUGGCAGCGACUACUGGUGAAAUUACUGCCACCAUGAUCCAGGGCGCAGCACCGACAGGAAUCGAGAAGGUCCGUCGCGGAGAGAUUCGCCAGAGUCAAAAUUUGGCACCAAUGUUUUUUCAAGUGGCGCGGAAAUAUAUGCGCAACUGGGAUAUUCGGUGUGAUCGAUCGGAGCAUUUGAAGGAGGAGGCUGGUGUCUUGGGGCUUAGCCUUGAUGGCCAUGACCCGAAGGCGUUCAUGAAGCAUCGCUGGCAGAAUGUGUCCAACUUGCUUUUCGGCCUUUCUGGAAUUUAA